AUGCACUUUGCACCCUGUUUGCCUAGAAUUGACAAAACAGAUAAAUCGAAACUGUGCCCUCAAAAUUUAAAAUAUGCAGCAGAAAAUGAAUCAAUUUAUUCCCAACAAAGUUCUACUUCUAGAGGUUUGCCACAACAAAGACAUUUAAAAAAUAAACAAUAUCCUUAUAUUGACAGCCAUCUAGAUUCCCAGUACAUUGCAACAAGUCAUGAUGGUGAAUUCAUUGCAAGCUUUAAUUCUGAUAAAUUUGAAUUAAAAUAUUACAAGACAGGAAACAUCACAGAAGCUUUUCCAAUCAAUAAUAAUAUUCAAAUAGAAGCAAAUGCAUCAGUUUUGCAAACAGAUUUAUGGUGGUCUUUAACAGUCUCAAAUGCCAUAAAACUUGAUGAUAAUAAAGUUGAUAUAUUAAUUGCUCUUUCAUGUUUUGAAGAUAAAGACAUGAAGUCAUCCUCACCCACCACCAAAUUCUCCUCUUCAUCUAUCACAAGUGAUUAUGAAAAAGGUGACGGAGUCUUGAUUGAGUCAAGAACAUGGGUAUUUUCUGCUGUCUAUAAUAAACAAAUUCAAACAACUAUUGACAAUAUUGGUGGUGUUGUAAGAUUUUUAGAUAAUGUUGUUUCACCACAUUCAGAUAAAGACCCAGAUUCAACUCUUGAAUUAGAAUUGAUCUUGAUGAAUUCCUCAGGAAUAUAUAAAUCAAUUAUUUAUCCACAAUUCCAAUAUAGAAUUCCAAAGUCCAUCAUGAGUUGGUACAACAUUGAUUACAAAUCAUACAAAGAAUUUUUAUUUCCUCCAACUGUUUAUCUUGAUAUUAAAAAACUAUUUCAAGAUGAUCCAUGUACAAAAUAUUUGGAAAGUUGUGUUGAUAAGAAUUAUUUUUUCUCAGAAAAUUAUCAAGCCCAAAAAGUUGAUGUAUACAAUUUGCACACUGGUGACCUAGAGAUUUCAUUACAUAAACGUGUUCCAAUUAUCAAAGCAUCAGCACUUUCAUCAUCAAAUACUGAUAAAUCAAUAUUCUCUUUAUCACAAUAUGAGUAUAUGAUUGCACAUUGUUCUAAUUUAAAUGUUAUCACCUUAUAUUUGGUUGAAAACGGUUUAGAGAUUACUACAAAAAUUUUUCCACAAAUUUUUAGAAUUUUGUUUAUAACAUUUAUUGACAAUGACACAAAAUUAUUCAUUGUUGCACAAGAUUACGCUUGCAAUGAAGAUAAUGAAGAUGACAAAGAAAAUGUUGAUAAAGCAAAACUUAUUAUUAAAAUUAUAAUUUGGGAUAUUUUUGGUACCAACAACUUUUACCAACAAUUUGAUACUGACAAGGAUUUGAAUUUAAUGUGUUUAAUGUAUGCAAACGAUAAAGAUUUUUUUGCUUCUAGUUUUGGUAGAAUUUAUUCUUUAGAUGAAGAUGGUAAUUUGCUUUCCUUGUUGGAUCAUCCUGACAUAUCUCACCUUUUGAAAGGUAAUGAAAUGUUACAAACCUGUUUUGACAAUUUGUCACAACUUCAAAUCAACAACAGUAAUGACAAUGAAGAUUAUCAUAUGAUUUACAAUUUGGAUAAAAGUUUUAGCAAUAUAAAAGAUAAUAAAGACAUUUUAAUAGUUAACAAUAUAGAACCUUGGAAUAACAUGAAAGAGUACAAGAAAAUUUCUGUAUUUCUAAAUGAUGAGAGAACAACCCAACUUAUCAUUGGAAAAACAACAAUUCAGGUUUGGCAAAUAAAAAAUACAAAAGUAAAGGAGACAAAAAAAAGAGUAUUGAAAUAUAUUUGGUCAUCACUUGGAUAUAAAGGAUUUGAGAUUGAAUCCAAUUCAAUUUCAAUUGGCAAAAAUAAAUUUUCUUUGAAAAUCUUGUUACACUCACUAAACUUGCCAACUAAUACUAGUCAGCAUCUUAUUUAUUACCCAAAUAAUCCAAACACAAUAAAAGAUGUUUGUGAAGCACUUGAAUUUCUUCAUAUUCAUAAAAAUCUAUGCAUUGGUCCAAAGAAUUACCAAAGGUUUAAAGAUAUAUUCUAUAAUACUGAAAAACUUGCUUAUAGAUGUUUCAAGAAAUCACCAAGUUUAUGGAGAUUGAAUGAUAUUCGUCAUGAUAUUAUGGCAAAUUUGAUUAGAGGUCAUAAUAAUUCUUUGAUCAAGAAAAUCUUAUUUAAAGAUAAUGAAUUUGGUGAUAGUAACCAAGCCUUAAAAAAUGAUAAACAUUAUUUGCAUACACCACGUUUAUAUGGAUGGCAAAAACAGAGAAAAACCACUGAUUUGGAAUUAGCAAUUAAUGAUUCUAAAGAUGCUGCUAUAGUUGGAUUUUUAUUAGAAUAUUAUUCUAAUCAUGCAAUGGAAAAUAUUGGAUGGAUGUUUACUGUAGCCAAAGCAAUUCCAUUGUUAUUAAAUCAUAAUUUAGAUAUCUACCUCAAAAGAUUAUUGUAUAAACCAUGCUUUGGAGCAAAAGAAGUUAUGAUAAAUCAAUGUUUUAUUGAUACACUUGAAUUAAUGAAAGGUAAAAAAGAAGGUGUUAUUCCAUUAACUACUAAACCAAGGUUACGUCAAAAAGUCACCAAAAAAACUUCACUGUUCCAUUUUAAUUUAUUUAAUAGAAAAUCAGAAUUUGACAAGUAUAUGGAGGAUAUGGAAGAUGAUAAUGAGAUGGCAAAAUUGACAAGUGUUCAUAUUGUUCCAUUACCAGAUUUUCUUGUAUAUCCACAUGGUAUAAAAGAUGAAAAAUUGCACUUGACAAAAUUAAUCAAAAGACUAUUGAAAUUAAUUUUUUGGCCACGUAAAUAUGUUUUAAGAAAUGAUGAAACUGAUCAUAGUUCAUUCUUAAGAAUUCUUAGACAAAAAAGAAAUGAAUUUAUGUAUGACAAUCCAUCAUUGGAAGCUUGUAUCAAUUUCAAAUUUUCAUCAGCAAGAUGGUAUUAUAUCAGACAUUUAAUCCAUUAUUUGUUAUUUGCAUUAAUGAUAUCACUUAUGCUUGGUUUGAUUGGCUCCUCCCCCUCCUACCCUUUUAGUUUUCAAUAA